AUGGCGUAUUCAAGGUGCCAUCAAGUACCGACGUACCUCAGCUGCUACCUGUUCCUUGCCACCUACACGGCUCUCCGCGCCGCCGCGCUAUCCUUUGACUACGACUUCACCAUCCCUCGGGACCGCCAACAGCUCAAACUCAUCAACGCCUCCUACGCCGGCAGCGACCGGAUCAUCCUCACCGACGACGCCUCUAACCUCACCGGCCGCGCCGCUCACCCGCAGCCCGUGCGCCUGUGGGACGACCGCACCGGCAAGAGGGCCAGCUUCACCACCACCUUCCACUUCGCCAUCCAUGGCAGCAGCAACGUCUCACGGGGGGACGGCAUGACCUUCUUCAUCGGACCGUUCCCGGCGACGAUCCCACCGCCGAGCUCCGACGGUGGCCUCCUCGGGCUCUUCAGCAACCCCAACACCACCGGCGACGCCGACUCCCUACGGCCGCCUCACACCCUCGCCGUGGAGUUCGACACGCGCUGGAACGACGGCUGGGACCCCAAAGAUGGCAAGGGCGACCACAUCGGCAUCGACCUGAACGGCAUCAGGUCUAACCGGACCAGAAACCUGCCACCGUUGAGCCUCUACGGCGCCUUGUGGGCGAACAUCACUUACGACGGUGAGUCGAAGGUGGUGAAGGUGAUGCUGCGAACCGGCGAGGCAGAAUCGGCAGUUACAUACGAACUCAGUGCGACGAUGGAUCUCAAGGACGACGCUGGUCUGGUGCAGGACGCGGCCGUCGGGUUCUCGGCUGCCACCGGGCUCCUCAGCGAGUCGCAUCAGCUGCUCGCUUGGUCCUUCCACUCAACAGAUCCAUCUCAUGCUGAGACAAAAAUGUGGGUGAUAUUCCUAUCUGUCGCUGCAAUUUUGUUAGCCGGUUUAGUCGGUACUCUUGUCUAUAUUACUGUUAUGCAUAGACGAAGACGGUGCUUGGAUCAAAAGGUUUUGCCAGUUACAAGGAAAUUCUCGUACUCCGAGCUGGUAGCCGCGACCGAUAACUUCUCCAUGGAUCGGAAGGUCGGCAAUGGCUGCUUCGGCGACGUGUACAGAGGUGGGCUGCCGGACCUGGGAGAGGUGGCGGUGAAGAUGAUGCGGCAGCCCACGUCGAACAGGAACCGGAAGAACCGGGUGCGGGAGAGGCAGGAGAUCGAGAGGAACCGGAAGAACUACGUGCACGAGAUCGAGACCCUGUGCCAGCUCCGCCACAAGAACCUGCUCAGGCUCAUCGGCUGGUGCGACGACGGCGGCAGGCUGCUGCUCGUGUACGAGCUCCAGCCCAACGGCAGCGUCAGCGACCACCUCCACGGCGGCAAGACGCCGCUGACGUGGCCCCAGAGGUACGGUAUCCUCCUCGGCAUCGCCUCCGCCGUCGAGUACCUCCACACCGGCGCCUACGACUCAGCCACGCGCUACGUGCUGCACCGCGACAUCAAGCCCAGCAACGUGAUGCUCGGCGAGGGCUUCCAGGCCAAGCUCGGCGACUUCGGGCUCGUGCGCCAGGUCACCCGCCACGGAGGCGGCGGCGGAACGCCUCGGACCACCGUGAUCGGGAGCAUGGACUACAUGGACCCCAAGUACAUGGAGACCGGCGCCCUGAACCCGGCCUCCGACAUAUACAGCUUCGGGGUGCUGCUGCUGGAGGUGGUCACCGGAGCAAAGCCUUCGGUGCCACGGGGAACUCUGCCGGGGUGCGGAGACCAGAACAGCCUCGUCGGCGCCGUCAGGGAGUGUCACGGCAGGAACGCGAUCCUUGGGAUGGCGGAUGAACGGCUGAGAGAGGAGUUCGAGCAGUGGCAAUGGCAGAUAGAGCGUGUCAUGGUCACCGGGCUCAUGUGUGUCCGGCCGGAGCGUGAGGAUCGGCCGUCUAUCAAAGAUAUCAUCAGCCUGCUGUCCAAGCUCGAGCCAUUACCCACGCCCACUACUACCUGAGUUUCAUCUUGAAUAUAGUGAGGCUCGAGAUUUUCUUCCAUGUCUCGUGCUUUGAUAGUGGACUCAAAUAGUUAACACGCAUACCAAAGGUAGGGUU